AUGAAAUCUAAUAAAUGCUCAAAACCCUUCAAUGACGAACAAAUGGAGAAAGCUCCUAGAUAUUACAGCUGCCAUCGCUUAGACUCCCCGAUCCUUCGUCCUUACCCCAAUUGGGAAGCCCACAACCAAAGGAAAGAAGUACCAGAGCUAGUGUCAGCCUUCAGAACGAAAGUGGACAGCUGCGGCCAACUGUGGGUAUUGGACACUGGAUUCUCAGAUCUUAAUACCGACAAUCCUAAACAGAUAGUCCUUCCAAGAAUUGUUAUCUAUGAUUUGAAAACGGACAAACUACUGCGGGUUUACCAAAUACCAGAAGAGCAAUUUAACAAAGAAGACAGCUUCUUUUCGAAUAUUGUCAUCGAAGAAGACGGCUGCGAUAAUAGUAUUGCUUACUUGGCCGAUUUGGGAAAACCUUCUUUGGUGGUGUAUGAUUUUAAGCAAAAUAAAUCAUGGAUGGUUACCCAUCAUUAUUUCCAUAUAGAUCCCACUGCAGGAAACAUGAAUGUAUCUGGAGUCAGUUACAUUGGAACUGAUGGACUUUAUGGACUGGCCCUUUCCGAGAAAAACGAGGAAGGUUUCAGUACCUUGUACUUCCAUCCUAAGACGAGCUUCAACGAAUUUACUGUUAGCACGAAAGUUUUGAGGAACGAGACUGCCCUUCAGAAUGCAUCAGCAGUGUUUUCCGAGUUUAAAUUACUCGGUUCUCGGGGACCAAAAGCUCAAAGCGGCGUUUCAUUUUUGCACAAAAAAACGGGUGUUUUGUUUUAUUCUUUAGUGAAUCUUAAUGCCGUGGCGUGUUGGAGAACUUCUCUUCAGAAUUAUACCAUACAAUCGCAGGGAAGGAUCUUUAUGAGCAAUGAGCUUAUGGUGUCCCCGGAGGAUAUUAAAGUUGACCAAAAUGAUACUCUGUGGGUUUUGUCCAACAAACUACCUGUUUUCUUGUAUACGUUUUUGGAGUACAAGGAAUAUAACUUCCGCAUAUUAAAAUCGUCUGUUAAAGAAGCUAUAGCAGGAACUGCGUGUGACUCUAAAAUAAAAUACAACCAUACUAUUAUGAUGAACAUAACUGGUAACAGCAGGGGCGUCAAUUUAGCUGCUGGUACUGGUGCUGUAUCUUUAAAUAUGAUGUACAUUACAAUAGGAGCUCUAUUAUUGUUAUUAGCCAGUAGGUAGAUGUUUACAACUAAUUUCUGGGAAUGAAUAUAACCAAAUGUAAAAUACUAAAAGUCAAAGCAGCUGCAAUAGUUUUUUUAAGGAUAAAUGUAAAUUAUUUAUUUGAUUGUUCUCUUAGAGUUUAAGUAAGUAUUUAUUAAUGACCCAGGUAGUGAGAAAUAGGAGCUCCUCAAUAGUAGGAGCUGUUAAUGUAAAUCUGAAAGUUUGAGAACUGAAAACCAAUUUUUUAUUCCUACUAUAAUAACAAUAUUGCUUUUAUAUUGUACAGCUGGUUCCUAAAAAAAACUGUUACGACUCUUAGUAAGAUUUGAUCAUUUUGAGCAGUGUAUAUGAUUGGUCUGACAUUAUUUGGAAGAUCUGAAAGGUCUGAAAUUCUUAGAUUCUGUCGCAGUCAUAAUUGAAUUUCUUUUCCGUAGUAACUAAUAAGUGGACUAAAAGAUCCUACGUCCAAGGGUUGAACGUGAUGAGAGCAGUGAGCAGGAAAACAAAACCUAAUAGUACCGUUUGCUUUUGCAAACUGGAGAGCUUGUUGAAGUAACAACAAAACUGGUUGGUUUUACACGCCUUUGAGUACCUUAAAAAAUGUUGCAGCCAGAGACAGAACAUGUCGGAAGUCAUCCAUCCUUUUUCUUGAGCGAAGGCUACACUUCCAGUAGGUGCAUCGACUAUAAGUUCGUCUUUCUUUCUCUGUCGAGGAAAAAUCAAAGCAGAAGGAACAUUUUGGAUGUUCCAAUUGCAUUCAUUGCACAUACGACCGUAACAUGUAGACCGCGCUCUGCACUACUUAAGGCACCAACUUGUUUGCGACCUUUACUAGCAUAAAUCUUCUGCGAUCUCUUUUGAACAGUUGUCAAACCGGACUCGUCCAUGUUUAUCAUAAAUGUUUUCCGUUGGAAAUUGAAACUCGUCUAAUAUAUGUGCUAAUGCUGUAAAGUAGGCACAUAUAUUUGGUUUAUUAAAAGCUUGAGCCCUUGCCAACAAAGUGUUUUCUGGAGGUAGUAAUAAUAUUCCAGGAUUUCGCUUUAAAAAGCCUCUGACCCAUUUCCAGCCUGCCAUCUUGGUUUCCUUAUUAAAACUGGGCUAAUAUUGUUUCUUUCAGCUACUUCGUAUACAAGCUUUCAUAAAUCUUUACUGGUCAUGCCAAAAAAACGAGCUUUCAUGGUGAUAAUAUGGUCAGCAAUUUCCUUUUCAAUAGCAAUGGAAAAUAUUGGUCUUCGUUCUCCCAAAUCACCUUUGGCACUUACUUGCUGUUUAUUAAAGCGCCUUGUCAAAGUGGUUUUUGGAACGUUAAAUGUUUUUGCUGCUAUUUUAAACCCCAUAGGUUUUUCUUGUAUGCUUUUUUAAAGCUUGCUGCCUAUUACUCUCAUUCCACUGUUGUCUUUUAUGAGGAUCUACCCCUGUAAAAUGUAUUAUGUUAUUCGUUAAGUAGCAACUUAUUUCCUUUUUCCUAUGAUGGACCCCUAAUCCGUCAUAGGCAACGACAAAGGGGUCCAUCAUAGGUAAAAAGACAAACAGUAAAUUUAAUUUUGUUACUUUUGUUUUGACAAUUCUAACCUAAAAUAAAGUAUAGUAUUUGACAAAGAAAGUGUAGUCAUUUUAUACAAAACAAAAGCAACACUUAGCUUAACGUAUGUUACCAGUAAAAUAUUACUUACCAAACAAUUUUAUUAGAUCAGCAACGGCAAAUUUUAAUUUUAUAUCACAAAUUUACUGUUAUAACCGCUACGGGUCUGAAACUUUGCAAAUACUAAAAUACAAACUUCGUGCGCAAGCGGCAACCGGCGAUGUGCAUGUAACCGCGCCAUAUUUGAAAUUACAGCAGGGGGUCCAACAUAGGUACACUUCCCCUAUGUAAAUAAUAAGUAUUUAUUCUUCAAAAUACGCCACUCAAUUUUCUAUAAAAUACGCUUUAAGAGUCGUAUCAUUUUUUGUAGGAACCAGCUGUACAUUUUAGGACUUCUUACGUAUAUCGAAAUGAUCAUACAUACUUUAUUAAUGGCUAGACCAUUGCUCCAGAUAAUUAUGUUCACAGUUGAUUUGAAGUCUUCUCUUGUUCUUCUUGAUUAUGCGUUUUUUACCUGUUCUUAAGCUAGGUUUUUCUCUAUCAUUUCCUCGAUUAUUGCUUGUAUUAUCAGUUGGAUAAGACUGUUUCUUAAACAGCGUAUCUAAAAUAUACAUGUUUCCUGGUUUUUAUGACUUUUAAAUUAUCCGGUUCUUUUAGUAUUUGAGCAUUGUUAAAAUGCGGAAUUUUGAAAACCUUUAUGUAUUUGCUAACUGUUUGUUUCCUUACGUUUCCAUGUAUUUGCAUCGUAUAUAAGUAAUAUUGAAAACAUUUAGCAGUAAAGGAGUCAAUAUUUUAUCCGGACGGUUCUACUCUAGAUGCAUGCUCCAUAAAACGAGUUAGAAUACCUUUGUGGUAUGUUUAGUAUUCUAAGGCGAAGUACCAAUUCUUAUUUGUUAUAUUGGAGAUUUAAAUUCCUGUUCCAUGGGAUUAUUCAAUGCAAAUUGUUGUUUUUUAACAGUAAGUUAUUUUAUAUAUAAACUACUUUUUAGUAUAUUUUUAUAUUCGAAUAAAUAUCAUGUAAUUUUAUUGUAGACUGGUGUGAUACAUCUAUUAGAACGUAUAAUUAUGUUCAGAUCAAGUAAUUAUCACGUGAAAAUAGUAAUAAUUAGCGUAGAUUAGUAUGUAUAUACAUGUUUAGGAAGGUAUGUAUUAUUUAGUUAAAGAAUCUUGAUAUAAAAUGAUCAAUAAAAGAACCUUGAAACUUU